UCAAACGGAAGUACGCACCCACGCUCACACUCACAACUUCAGCCCUACAACUUGAUGAAGUUUUCCUCUUAACUUUACAUUCAGCGCGGACCAGUCAACCCGUUCAGCAGCAUGGCUCCGUGCAACAAGUGGUGGAUUCUGUGCGCCGUUUCGCUCUACACCGUCGCCCGUUUUGGGUCUUGCAGAAGACACGGAGAAGACGGAGCUCAACCCGAGCUCUUCAUCUUCAAUGAGUUGUGCGCCCUGAAGGACGAGCCGGGGCCCUGCAAGGCCAUUAAGGACCGAUUCUUCUUCAGUGUCGACACAGGCCGCUGUGAGCUGUUUGAAUAUGGAGGCUGUGGGGGAAAUGACAAUAAUUUCGAGACCUUGGAGGCAUGUGAGGAAACCUGCGUUGUCUCAGAUGACAAGAACCCGUGCCAUUUACCCGAAGCUCCUGGUCCAUGUCGAGGGCUGUUGACGCGCUACUUUUUUGACAGCGAGAGUCAGCAGUGCAAGCAUUUCUUUUAUGGCGGCUGCUUUGGCAAUGCCAACAAUUUCAGGAGCAUGGCGGAGUGCCAGGCGAAAUGUCAGAACCCAGCAAAACCCACAAAGGCACCAGAAGUCCACACACAUUCCGCUAGAAAAUCUGCUGUGCAGCCGACCACAGUAACUGGGGCACUGGCUGUAAAUCAACCUCAGGUGCAGGGCAAUGACACUGAUCUAGCACCAAAAGAGCUGUGUUUCAGACCUGUGGACAGGGGGACAUGUAACAGAGUAGAGAGGAGGUUUGCAUUCAACCCCAAGACCAAGAGAUGCCAGAUGUUUCACUACAGCGGCUGCGGAGGAAACGAGAACAACUUCAUGCACCGGAAAGACUGCAUCCAGAAGUGCAUUCGAAGCAGAAAGCCUCAUGGGAAGAGGAUGAUUCGAAUAAAGAAGAAAAACAUCAACAACAUUGUUAAUCGCUCAGUCUGAACACUCCGCUGUAGAUCCUGCUCUGCCAUGGAGCCACCUGUAUUUAUGUCUAUACGUCAUGGUUAGCUUUACUCAUAUCUAUUGUUUUGUAGUGCUACAGUGUUUGUAUAAAAAUCAUUUUUAGUGUAUGGGCAUUAGAUUUGUAGUGACUGAAUGCAAUUACCACCAUUAUCCACAUUAUUUCAAUACGUAUGUGAUUGACAAAAAACAUAUUUGUUUUGGCGAUGUCUAAUAUAGCAGCUCUCUACACUGAUAUGUAUCAGUGCUUUUGUAAUACCUUAUGUCUUUUUAAUGUUACAGUUUCUGGGCUCUGUUGUGAUCAUAAUUUUUUUACAGUAACUUUUAUAAGAAACACCAAAGUUGCAGCAAGAUUGUUGUCCAGUAACGACAUGAAUGCUUGUCCUGCUUAUUUACCGUCUGUACAGUUACUGAUGCUUUUCUACAACAGUUUUGGUUGCUCCACUGUUGUUAAUCGAUGUGAACAAAAGCAUUAGCAAAUUAAACUGGUGGGUGCUCCUCACUGUAGGAUCAGCCACAACAAUAUAUACAAUGUUGUCAAGCUAACACAUGAAUCAAGAUGUCCUCACAGACAUCAGUUAAUGUGAACAAGGUAAUGACUGCUUUAUUUCUGUUGGAUUAUACAUAUAUAUAAAUGAUUUUUAAUCAAUUUUAUGCAGGUUUGUAAAUCACUAUUGCAGUCCUGCUGGUUGUUGUUGGUAAGGAAAACCAGAAGGGGGCUGUGUUGUGUAAAGUAAGUUUUCAAAGAGGUUGUCAGCGCUGGUCCCUGCUGGCUGCAGCUGAUUCGUCUACUGUCUCCUUCUAUAACCAUGGCUGUAAUGAACUAGAUUGUGAGACUUUAUGUAAUAAACGUCAACAAUCUUC